AAAUGUUUGGGAACUCUUCUGUGAUGGAAAUAAAAAGAGUCUUUGGAAUUCUCAAUUGAAACGAGGCUGUGACGUCAUUCGUAGUAACAUAGGGAAGCCGACUAGCGUGGAAAAUGGGAUUAUUAGAUUUGAUCAGGAAGCUCAAGUCAAACCAAGAAAAGGAACUACGAAUACUUCUGCUAGGUUUAGAUAAUGCUGGGAAAACUACACUUCUGAAAAAGUUAGCAUCAGAAGAUAUCAGCCAUAUUACACCGACUCAGGGUUUCAAUAUUAAAUCAGUUGUUAAUAAAGGUUAUAAACUCAAUGUCUGGGACAUAGGAGGCCAAAGGAAAAUCAGACCAUACUGGAAAAAUUACUUUGAAAAUACUGAUGUUCUUAUAUAUGUAAUAGAUAGUGCAGACCAAAAGAGAUUUGAAGAAACUGGUCUUGAACUGUCAGAAUUAUUAGAUGAACCGAAGCUACAGGGAGUUCCAUUGUUAGUUUAUGCCAAUAAGCAGGACUUGCUACAAGCUGCACAGGCUUCAGAAAUAGCUCGGGGUUUAUCACUAGACACGAUUAGAGACAGGAAGUGGCAUGUCCAGGCAUGCUCAGCACAGACUGGAGAGGGAGUUCCGGAAGGCAUAGAGUGGAUGAGUCAGGCUAUAGGAAAGAAAAAAUAAAGUAAUUAGUGACCUAACUAUUUAACAGUGGACACAAACAAUGUUGACAGAUGAUGAACAGUUUCCACAGUGUAGAGGGACUGACAAGGUCAACAGAACCUAUGGGAAACUUGUGAAGUCAACCUCUCAUUCAUAUAUUUCUUGUCUGUCUAUUUAUUCCAUGUAUAUUUACAGUUUCUUGCUUCUGGUGACAAAGUUCUGUACAUGACUUUUCCCCCCAAAUUUGAAAAUAUGUCAGCAUACUACCAUUGGACUUUUUUCUUUUGUCAGUGUAAUAAUGUUAUCUUCUGUGCUUAUUGAUUAUGUGUCGGAUAACAUGUAUAUAUAUUUUUUGUUUUUAACAAAUUAAUUUAUGUGACUGUGAGAGAGUAUAUAUUUAGUAGAAACUGUAAUAUCUUUUCAUUUCUGUCAAAUAUGAUAAUUGUAUUAACACUGGAUGUACAAGGACAUUAUAAAAAUUCAAGGUUUUGAAUUUUUAUAUACUUUCAAAUCAAGAACAUUGAUUUUUCCUCUCCUUAUGAUAAUAUAAAUUCAUUUAAAUGUAAUGUAUACUUGUAAACAUUCAUGAGUGUGCCACAGUUGGUCAUGUAUGAGAGAUUAAAAGAUAAAAUUAAGAUAGGUUGACUUGUGGUCGAACAAGUGAUUUAGAAGAAUGAGAGAGAAAGAAAUAUGGAUGUAAAUAACAAAUGUUCACAUAUCAUCUUCUCAAUCAGGCAUUAGUCUGUAUUUUUACAUCAUUAUGCAGGUUGUAAAUGCACCUAGCAACUUUUUUUCAAUGGUGCAUUUUUUGGUGUAUCAUAGAGAACCGUCCAUUUUUUUUCCCUGAGAUCUGUUCAUAUGAAAUGAUUAUUUGCAUUUUUUGACAAACUUUAUAAGUGGGAUUGUGUAAAGUUCACAAAUUGAUGUAUUUUUUCCCCACAUUUGAAUGCUAAUUGUUUUCUUUAUAAUUUUACACAUUUAAUUUUUUAAACAAUUAAACAAGAGAUUUAUUUUAAAAUGUAUAGGAAGAAGUUACAACACAAUAUCUGCAUGAUAUAUAUACAAGUCAAUA